AUGAAGACUUUCGCUUGUGUUCUCCUCUUCGCAGCCGUGGCAGUAGCUGAACCACCUCGCUACAGACAAGCGAGGUUAAACUCAGCAGGACAAGAAGACAGACAACAGGAUACACAGCAAAAUGGAUACGCUCCUUACCCUGCAGCUGGUUUCAGACCAGCGGUAGCUUUCAACCUUCCGACUCGUGAAGAAUUGUCACCACCUUCAACUUCAUACGGUGUUCCAGAUACAAGUUAUGGUGCACCUCUAAAUACUUACGCAGCUCCUCAAUCAGAGUAUGGACCUCCAGACGCUGAGGGCAAAAGCAAGGAUGGUGAAGAAAAAGACGUCGAAAACCUUGAGAGCGGAAAAAAGGAUGAGAUUGCUGAUAAGAAACAAAAACUUGAGGAGGCACCGAAGAAUGACGCUGAGGUUGUGAGUGCUCAAGGAGCUUAUUACGUGCUAUUGCCUGGCUCCCAGCUGCAAAGAGUUCAGUACCAAACCGAAAAUGAUAUACGAAACAUGGCUUACACUGCGCGUCUCCAGUACAAAAAUGAGGAUCGCGCCCCGAUCUACGUUUACACCGCCGUACCACAGUAUCAGUCAGCUGCUUACGUGCAGUUAUUCUAA